GGCCGCCAUGUGCAGGGGCAGCGUGCAGCAGUGCUGGCAGCGGCAGCGGCGCAGCGCCGGCGUCGACGCGGCUCUGCUGCUGCGAGCGGCGGCCGCCGCCGUCAGGCAGCCAAUGAAAUCUCUGCUACCUCGGCCACUGGCGACCUCUGCCCGCGUGAACCUGAACCUGCACUGGGAUGACCUGGAGCAGGUGAUGGGGGCCGGCGGUGGCCGGCCGUGUGACGCCGUCACCGACAACCUGGGCAGCGAGUGGCUGGGGGAACAGAUGAAGGUCGGCGCUGUCAGCCCAACCCACGACCUGUCUUCAGAGGCAAAGAACGACUAACAGUGCUAUGCUGGUGUGCGACUUUAUGUCUAAAUGUUGAGCACUUUUCUGUGUUUUUCAUUACUCCUACGUUCUUUACUUCUUAACAUUCCUCGAAUCCAGUUUAAACUGAUUAAUUUUUAGGGUGCUGCAAAAGUAGCCAGACAAUAACAGAAUGUUUCGUAUGGAUUUCAAAAUGAUACAGUUUUAUUCUUUUGAUUACUGAAUUCGGCCGUGUACCAAUUCCAUUUCUACUUAAUAUCUC